UCAAAUCAUCAUAAGAUUAACUCGCAUACCAAUUAACACGUGAUCUCAGGUCGACAAUAACACAAUCAAUCGAUCAUUCAAUCUAACUUACGAUCUCAUUUGAUCCACGAUCAACCGAAUUCAAACUCGCCCCCACCGGUUGUAUCCACACACAUAUAGUAAUCAUCGCCAUAAGUCUGCUUCAUGUGAAAGGUGCUUGUCACUAACACAAACUUCACCAAGAAGAGUGAGCUCAUCUUGCAGUAGUAGUGUCCUUCACAGGAAAGGUGAUGAUAACUUGGCAACAAAUCUAGAAAAGGAAAGGGGUAGAAAGGUAAAGUAGGGUAGGCAAAUUGUACCAGAAAGAAAAGUCAUAGUGGUAGUACUAAGUACAGCUUCAUAUACAUAUACCAGGGAAGCAAAUGCUGUAAAAAAACCAGGAGGGGAAACACGAAACAGAGCAUUCCUCUCUCUGUUUUUUUUUACCGCGAACCAGAAAGAGAGGGAAAAGGGGAAGGUAGUGGUAUGGUGUGAGUAAUAAAUGGAGGUGGUUAAAGUAAAUGAAAAAGCAUCCAUUUUGGGGGCUGAGAGAGGAACCUGACAAUUUGGGGUUUCUUCAUUCUCGUUCGAUGAUAAUAGUUAUCUCUACAGAUUAGUAAAAAGGACUGUCAUGGACUAAAACAAAAUCUGACCUCUCUCUCUCUCUCUGUAUCUUCUUCUACACCAUCGGCCCCUAAUUUAUUACUCUUCUACCCCAUCCCCAGUUAACUAACCCAUCACUGGUAAAAAAGGGAAGCAAGUUUAAGCAUGACUCCCAUUGGCCACGAGAGUCGAGAGUCCAAGAUUGAAUUUGAAGCUGUUCUUCAAUUUGCAGGUCUCAAGUAGGAAUUUAUUAGAGAGAAAAAGGGAGGAAGAGAGCAGUUAAGAGCCCAGCCAAAUUGGGUUUCAGAGAUCUCACAUGGAUUGAGUUUGGCUUUUACUGGCAAUGGGUUUGAACUUUGAAGUUAGAACUUAGGAGCUAUGGAGAGAUAGAAGAAAGCAAAGCAGUAAAUAAUGUGGGACUCAGUGGGAGUGAAAAAACACUAAAACAGACACAAAAAUUUGUGGGGUAUUGGGUAAAACAGUGAAAAAAGUAAAAUUAUUAAAAUAUUGAAAAGAGGGGGAGAUGGAGGAGAGUAACCAGUAAGCAGUCUAGUUCUAGUAGUACUAGUGGUAGCAGUGGAGGGUUCUAAUAAAUAACACUAAAACCAUCAAAGCUUUCUUUGCCUCCCACCUCUGGAAAGGAAGGAAGAAAGAAAGAAAAUUUGGAAUUGGGUUAGUGAGAGAGAAGGAAGAAGAAGCAAAGUGAGUGAAGAAAGAGAGAAAGGCAAGCCCUUUCCUUUCCUUACCUCUUUUGUUUUGUUGGGUUCCUGCGGCAUCAUCAUCAUCAUCAUCAUCAAUCCCAUUCCAUCCCACACAGCCAUUAAACCACACAGAGACUCUCUCUCUGUCUCUCUCUCUCAUCACUCUGCUUCUUCCAUACUACUCUGUAUGUUUCAUUUGAUCUUUCUUUCUUUAACCCUGAAAUAGAGGAAGCAAGAGAAGAAAAAGGUCCAGAGGGAAGGUUUUUAAUGUGCACCCACCUCUCUUCUCAACCUUCUUCCUCUUCUUCUCUCUCCCACUUCUUCUUCAUCCCCUGCUUUCUCCUUCUUGUUCUUCUUGUGCAUUCUGACUGACUCCCUUCCGCCAUCCUGCUCUGUUUUCUCUCUCUCUCUCUCUCUCUCUCUCUCUCUCUCUCUCUCUAUCACACCUCAGUUUGCUCUCUGGGUCUUUGUUUCCAUUGCUACACAAUCACAUAACAGACCAGUUGACAGAGCACAUCACCAGGCAUCCCAUUCCUAAAGCUUUGGUUCUAGUUCCUUUUCUUUCUGUCAAACAGAUCUAAUUUUACCCAUAACUCACCCCAUUUACCCAUACCCAUAACUGUCUGAGACAACACUACUCGGGAGCUAUGAGUAAAGAAGAGUUCCUAAAGAUCCAGACCUGCGUUCUCAAAGUUAACAUACACUGCGAUGGCUGCAAGCACAAGGUGAAGAAAAUAUUGCAGAAGAUUGAUGGGGUGUUCAAAACCCAUAUAGAUUCAGAGCAAGGGAAAGUGACUGUUUCAGGAAACGUCGACCCCGCCGUCCUGAUCAAGAAGCUCAACAAAGCAGGUAAACAUGCUGAGCCCUGGGGCGCCCAAAAACCCAAUAACAACAAUCAUAAUCUCAAUCAACUGCCCAAUCAAUUCAAGAACAUGCAAAUUGAUCACGGCGGCAAAGGCGGCGGUGGCCAGGAUAACGGCAAAGGCGGUGGCCAGAAAGGCGGCGGCGGAGGACACCCUGGUGGUAAUAACAGUAACCCCCAGAACCAGCUCAAAGGCGGCGGCGGCGGUGGACAUCAACUGAACCCGCAACAGCUCCAGCAACUGCAACAACUGCAGCAGCAGAUGAGCGGGUUACAAGAUCUGAAGCAGCUUCCCCAAUUGAAAGGAGCCAUGAAAAUGCCGCAGCAGAUGCCUCCCCACCUUCAGCAGCAGCAGCAGAAUCAGAACAAUCCGAAGUCCGCUAAGUUCGCCGCCCCUGAAGAUGACGAGUUUAGUGAUGACGAUUACGAUGAUGAUUAUGACGACGAGGAUGACUUCGACGAUGACGAAUUCGAUGAUGAGAUGGACGCUCCUCCUCCCAAUAAGCCUAAGCCGAUCAUCGGAAAUGGACACCCUGGCAUGAUUAUGAACGCCGGCGGGGGAAUGCUCCCGCCUCAUCUAGCUGCGGCCGCGAAAAAAGGCGGUGGCGACGGACCGGUUCCCGUUCAUUUCAACAACGGCGGUGGGAAGAAAGGCGGCGGCGGAGGGAAUCCGGUUAAGAAUCAAAAUCAAAACGGUAAAGGCGGUGGCGGUGGAGGUAAACCGCAAGAUGGGAAAAAUGGCGGUCACGGCGGCGGUGGAGGGAACGGUCAGAACGGUAAUAAUGGCGGUGGUGGUAUGAACGGUAAUAACAUGAACAUGGCCGGGGGCAAGAAGGUAAAUAACGCCGGCGGUGGUGCGAGCAGUAAUGAAGGCUUUAGAAGCGUGGGUGGUGGUGGACCCCAUGGAAAAGGUAUGGGCCCAAUGGGCGGCGGAAUGAACGGCGUGCCCAUGGGCCAUCAUCAAGUUCCAAUGGGCCAAAUGCCCAAUAACAUAGCGGCAGCGGUCCAAGGCCUACCGAUGAACGCCGGCGGCGUAGGAGGAGGCCCUCCGGUUGGGUAUUUCCCAGGUUCAGGUCCCGAGGGAAUGCCCGGCAACCCGUCUCUCCAGCAACAACAAUACAUGGCGGCGAUGAUGAACCAGCAAAGAGCAGCCGCUGCAAUAGCUGCCGGCGGCGGCGACCAGAGGUUUCAGCCGAUGAUGUACGCCAGACCCCCACCGGCGGUGAACUACAUGCCCCCGAACCCGUACCCUUAUCCAUACCCGCAUCCCCAGGCUACCGACCCGUAUACGAAUUACUUCAGCGACGAGAACACCUCGAGUUGCAGCCUGAUGUGAAGAGGCGGGUCGGGUGAGUGAAUUCAGGCCCGGAUUGCUGCACUGCCGCCGUUUAGCUUGCUUAGCUUUUAUUGCUGCGGUGGAGGAAGAUUGGGAAGUUUGAUAUACAACAUCGAAAUGGGUCUUUUCUCUUUUAAUUUAAAAUUUUCAUCCAUGUUUAUUUUUCAUCUUUGAUAUAUUUAUUUUGGGUUUUUCCCCCUAAUGAUGGGAGUCCUAAUUAAGUUGGAAGUAGGGAGUGAAAGGGAGGAUUAGUAGAAGUAGUAAGAGAGUAUUAAGUAGUUGCUAUGGAGGACGAUAAUGAUGUUUAUAUGUGUUUAUAUGUUGCAAAACCGCAAAUAAGAGAUUUAAACACCUAAACAAAGGACAAAAGGGAAUACAGAGAAUGGGGUUUAAAAGAACAAAUCCCACCCUCUCUUCUUCUCUUUUGCCUUAUUUCUCUCCUUGAUUUGCUCUUUGCCUUCUCCUAUUCUCUUUAUCAUGCUUGAGCUAAUGGAAAAACAAUCAAAGCAGAAAACUUUCAGCUACUCAAUUAAUUUCUGAUAUAAUG